AUGGAUACCGAAAAGCAGUGGCCAUUAGAACCGUUCAACGAUUCAGUGGAUGCGUCUGAUUUACGUCGAGAGUGGGAGGAAUGGUUGACAGCAUUUGAGCUUAUACUGGAGUUGAGAAAUACAAACUCCCAACGCGAGAAGUUAGUGCUCAUGCUCGCUCGAGGUGGACGAGGUCUACAAAGAAUAUACUCCCAUUUGAGGCCAGUGCCAAAUGAGAUCUACCCGGAACCGGUAAAAAUUCCGCUGGCACCAGAGGAAAUACCCGAAUACGACAACGCAAUUAAACGGUUGAAUAAUUUUUUUGUUGGAAAAUGUAAUGAACGUAUCGAGCUUGAGGUGUUCCGCGCCAUAAAACAAACAACUGAUGAGUCGUUUAACCAGUUUAUUUUGAAAUUGCGUAUGCAAGCUGCCAGAUGCGAUUUUCAAGAUCGAGAAGAGAGGGAAAUACUGCAGCAAGUAACUAUGGGGGCGCGAGAUGAACGUGUCAGAGACAAAGGUCUCGAAAAUGUAAUGAACUUGGAUGCACUCACAAACUAUGCCAUUAAUCGGGAGAUUCUGGAUAAACAGAAAGGAAAACUACAUCCAUUUGGAGCUGAUUUAAGUACUACUACGAUUUCUUAUGUGAAGCAGGAGACAAACAGGGGCAAAUCUACAUUCUACAAUGAAAGAGGAUUGGCAAAGGAUAAGCGAAGCAUCGAGUGCGAUCGAUGUGGAUCAUGGAAGCAUCGCAAGGAUUCUCGUGAUUGUUUUGCCCGCAACGCACGGUGCAAUAGUUGCGGCCGUAUUGGUCACUUCGCAAGGAAAUGUCAAGUACCGGGUUCGACAUACCGAAGCGGCCCAAUCAAACCUAAUUCUUGGAAGCGCUUUUCAUCUGAAACAAAGGACGGUCGAGAUCACUCGAAGGAGGAACAGCUUCGCUAUGUUAGAUCGGCCGACACACGAGAGGUAAAAUAA